AAAAACAGCUUCAGGAGUUGAUGUCGGAGAAUCAGCAACUAAAAGUAACUGGUCCAAAACGAAGAGCAGUAUGUGCCAUGAUAUUGCUGGUGUUUAUUGCGCUCAGUUAUGGUCCUGCAAGCAUUUGGGAGAAACAUUCUGGUGCGCUUCAGCCCAGUGGCAGUCCUGCUACUCACAGUAGACAUCUCUUGGGAUUUUCUGAUGAAAAUGGAGCUGGAAGCUUUCAGGAAACAACUGAAAAGUUUACAGAGGAGAACUACAG